AGAAGUUCUUCGGUGCUCCUUGUGCAUAACUUGAGACUUGUGAUACGCUGUGAUCUCAAGGAGAAUGUGAGGAUCGCCCGUACAAGGUAUUAAAUAUGCUGUUGUCAAUAGGAAUGCUGAUGUUGUCUGCCACUCAGAUAUACACUAUUUUGACUGUUCAGUUAUUUGCUUUCCUGAAUCUUUUACCUGUGGAGGCAGAUAUUUUAGCGUAUAACUUUGAAAAUGGAACCCAGACCUUUGAUGAUCUACCUGCUAGGUUUGGUUACAGGCUGCCAACAGAAGGCUUGAAGGGAUUUCUAGUAAAUUCAAAGCCAGAGAAUGCAUGUGAGCCCAUAGCCCCACCUCCACUGAAAGACAACUCCUCUGGUGCUUUUAUUGUGUUAAUUCGAAGGCUUGAAUGCAACUUUGAUGUAAAGGUUUUAAACGCGCAGAGAGCUGGGUACAAGGCAGCGAUAGUUCACAAUGUUGAUUCCGAUGACCUCAUAAGCAUGGGAUCCAACGACAUCGAGAUUUUAAAGAAGAUUGACAUUCCUUCUGUCUUCAUUGGUGAGACAUCUGCGAAUUCUCUUAGAGAGGAAUUCACUUACGAAAAGGGUGGCCAUGUUGUGUUAAUCCCAGAGUUCAGUCUUCCUUUGGAGUAUUACUUGAUCCCUUUCCUGAUAAUAGUGGGGAUUUGUCUUAUUCUCAUAGUGAUAUUUAUGAUCACAAAGUUUGUGCAAGACAGACAUAGGGCAAGAAGGAAUCGACUUAGGAAAGAUCAGCUUAAGAAAAUUCCUGUACAUAAAUUUAAGAAAGGAGAUGAGUAUGACGUAUGUGCCAUUUGUCUGGAUGAGUAUGAGGAUGGAGACAAGCUCAGAAUCCUUCCAUGCUCUCAUGCGUAUCACUGCAAAUGUGUGGACCCAUGGCUGACAAAAACCAAAAAAACGUGUCCUGUUUGUAAGCAGAAAGUGGUCCCUUCCCAGGGGGACUCCGAUUCCGAGACAGACAGUAGUCAAGAAGAGAACGAAGUGUCUGAAAAUACCCCCUUGCUUAGGCCACUCGCCUCAGUCAGUACUCAGUCAUUUGGGGCUCUGUCAGAAUCUCAUUCCCAUCAAAACAUGACCGAGUCCUCGGAGUACGAGGAGGAUGACAAUGACAAUAUUGAUAGUAGUGAUGCAGAAAAUGGAGUAAAUGAAGAAAGUGUAGUGGUUCAACUGCAGCCCAAUGAUGAAAGGGAGUACAGAGUGGCAAAUACUGUUUGAGACUACUGAUGAUGAAAAAUGUUUGAACAAAAGAGUUCUUACGGCUAUGUUUUACAAACACUUACAUAGGGAAUAUAUUUUACUUUAUAAUCCGUUUGGUUACUUCAGUAGGAGCAGUGGUUCAUGUAAUAGUACUACGGUUUAAUCAUACUACAGAUAGAUUUCUUUUUGAUUCUGAUAUUCAGUUACACAUUCUGUUGUCCUGAAGAGUUUAACUGGAUUUCACAAUGCUAAUGAAUAAUGUUAAUAGUUUACAUCAACACAAGUGUCACACAGACUCUACUUUAAAUGUCAGUAUCUUGUUGAAAUGGGAUUUAGCUGGAAAUAGGUUCUCCCCCACCUCCCCAAUUACAUUUUGUAGGUACAGCUGGAUCGUACUGAUAGCAAUAUUUAGUAUGUGUAUGGUGUUACUCCUUAAGCCCAACUCAAAAUGUAUGAUGCAUGUUUGUAUAGGGUUUUCCUAAAAACUGCCACCACUUCUGAAAGAAAAAUGUAGAACAGAUCUGUGUUCCAUAUUCUGAUGUUCUGAUGUAUUAAAACAAAGCAGAACACUUUUAUCUCAAAUAAUCCUUUGGCAAUUGCAACAGCAGCUGAGUUUAAGCAGUUCUUUUUGAGCAGUUCCUAUGAUAAGGAAAUUUGUAAUCUGUGUUUAGUUUUAAGUGAUUCACAAAGUAAGAUCUCUCAUUAACACAUUAAUUGACUCUAUUUGCUACUUCCAUGUAAUUUAUUUUCC